CUACCACGGCUUGGCCCAGGUGAUGGGCGGCGACAGCGAGCUGGCCAUCUUCCGGCGCUUCAGCCGGCUCAACAUGCUCGCGCUGCUGAAGCUGCAGGCCGACAUGGUCCGGCUCGAGCACGAGUUUGACGGCAUCGUGCAGGAAGACGCCGCCGCCGGCCGCGACUUCCACGCCAGCUUCGAGAAGCUGCUGGCCAGCGACUACGGCAGCCACUCGGGCCAGCUCGACCUGCUGGCCCGCAUUCAGGAGAAGCUCAAGGAGUACAGUGCGUCGCCUCCUCCUUUUAUGCUCAGAGCUUGACUCAAGCUUACCGUGAUCCUCGAAUCAGAAGGGCAGCUUCUUCAAGGUAUGUUCAUAUCAAAAAAGAAGAAUAAGAGGGCAGAGCAAGCCUCCCCUCUCCCAACGCCGCGCACAUCCAUAUCUUAUCUUAACUAACACCACCCCACCACAAGUCCACCGCAUGCAAGAAAUCAGCUCGCCCUCCGAAGAGAAUCUAACCGCGCUGCGGGAAUGGCUGCGCGACUCUAGCGGCG